CCUCAGUUCUUGUUGGGAAAGUCUUUAUCUCUCAUUCUUAAAAGACAGAUUGCUGGACAAAGCAUUCUAGCUUGCAGCUUUGCUUUGUCUCUCUCAGUACUUAGAAUAUAACCUCCUAUUCUCUCCUAGACUGCAAGAUUUUCACUACAGUGGACACUACCAUCUUCCACAAUUUCACAAUCUUCUCUCUCUUCAGCUUCUGGAGCAAGGGCUGUGACCAGGUAUCCCGAGGGCCAUCAAGCAUGAAAUGAAUGGGAAAAUAAAUCCUAUGGCUGCUGUCGUCAUGCUGACCACUAUGCCUUCAGUUCAGAAAGGACAAUGACAACACUAACCAGUGCAAAGAAAGGGCAGACUAGUAUCAUGAGUCACUGGAUGUGGCUGGCAUGGCUAUAAAGGCUCCAUGAUCAAUGUUAGGUUCAUGAAUUCAGGCAAGGGGAGAAAUGAGCAUUCGCCAUGCAGGCUGCCAUCUUAAAGGUUACUGUUUUCCUGCCUUGGUGCCUGGCCUUUCCAGUACCCCCUGCUACAGACCUUAAAGGACUGGACUUUGUUAAGAACUAUUUCCAUCAGCUUUUCCUGACCAAGAGGGAGUUGCCACUCUUCACCCAAGAGGACAAGAUACAGCGCCUGAAGCAGUUCCAUCUGAACGAGACAGUCCUACAGGAUGAGCAGAUGCUGGUUGUGUCACGUCAGCCCCACUGUGGAGGAAAUGAUGGGGCUAAGGACUCCACUUUCCCAGGAAGUUCUAUGUGGGAUAAGCACACUCUGACCUACAGGAUUAUUAAUUACCCAAGAGAUAUAAACCCAUCCACAGUGAAAAAUAUCAUGCAAAAUGCAGUUUCCAUCUGGAGUAAUGUGACCCCUCUGAUUUUCCAGCAAGUGAAAAGUCAAGAUGCAGAUAUCAAGAUUUCUUUUUGGGACUUAGCCCAUGGAGAUUGUUGGCCCUUUGAUGGACCAGGUGGUGUCUUAGGUCAUGCCUUUUUACCAAAUUCUAGAGCUCCAGGAGUUAUCCACUUUGACAGAGGAGAACAUUGGUCAACUUCAUACAGAGGGUUUAAUCUGUUCCUGGUUGCCAUUCAUGAGCUAGGUCAUUCUCUGGGCCUGCUGCACUCCAAGAGUCUGAACUCCAUAAUGUACCCUAGAUAUGUGAAUCGGGACCCUAGAACCUUCCAUCUUGAUGGUGAUGAUAUCAAAAGAAUCCAGCAACUCUAUGGAGAAAGAUGUUCAUCUGAAAUGCCCCAGUGCUGGCACAGAAGAAUCAUUCAACCUGGGUUUCAGUGGCUUCACGGGAAGACAAAGAACUCAAAGCCUUAACACAUCCUUGGAGACUGCUUGAACAGACCCCUAAAGAAUGGAACCUCAUCAAGGCAGCUGAGUCAAAGUUCAGAACAUUCUGGGUCCCAAUAAAGAUGGUUUUUAGGGGUAAAAAUUUGUUCUUACAAUUUAGUAUGUCUCAGCAUUUCCUAUAUUAACUCACUGUGAUCAAGAUGAGAGAGAAGAGUAUAAUAGAAUGAAGAACUUUAGCAGAGAACUUUGGCAUGGAACUCUCAAAUUAGCUGAAAAGAUAAGAAAAAAUAAGAUUAGGAAUAAACCUUCUAUAUGUUAUUACAAGGGUAGUGUUUGAGGAAUGCAAUUUAUGCUGUAUUGAAGUUUGCAGCUAUAGAAACCAAGUGUUAGGAUGGUGACCUAUCCACUUAUUAGCUCUGAGACUUUCAGCAAAUUAUUUAACUUCCUUAUAACUCAGUUUUGCAUUUGUUAAAUCAUUGUAAUUAUCUAUGGUCAUAAGUCUAAGUGCUGUAAUGAAUGUAAACCAUUUUAGUGCUUGGCAGCACAGUUUUCAGGUAUUAUUGAGGAAGGACAAUUUUUCUCAACCAUUUAAACUUCUUCCAUCUGGGGGCAUCUGGGUGUUUCAGUGGUUGAGUAUCUGCCUUUGGCUCAAGUUGUGAUCUCAGGGUCCUGGGACCAAAUUCCCCAUCAGGCUCCCUGCAGGAGAGCUUCUCCCCUGCCUAUGUCUCUGCCACUCUCUGUGUGUCUCUCAAGAAUAAAUAUAUAAAAUCUUUAAAAAAAAUAAAUUUCUUCCAUCUGGUCUAAGAAUGACAUGAAACAGAUUAACAGGAGACAGAAAACAAAGAUUAAAUACAUGUACAUGGAGGCACAAUGAUAAAAUUGAAACCCAAAGAAAU